CUUUAGGGUAAUGGUCCCCACAAUCUAGGUGUUUUCCUUGGGAAAGAGACACCCCCCAAUCUUGGUUUAACUUUUUAUAUAUACGCAAAUGCACAGUAGUAGCGAGCACUCCAAUCCCAUCAUCUUCCACACUUCACGGUUCAGGCUUCUUGCUGAAGUUGUCUCUUCCAAUCCCAUCAUCCAUCAGCAUUCAGCUCUGUGUGUCCCGAAUCCUGAUUUUGUGCCGACUCCCUUCAUCUUCCCCACACAAAGCCCCCAUAUAUAUGGCGAAGAUUUCGUCUCGUCCCUGUUCUCUGUUCGUCCUGCUCCUGCUCAUUUUCAUGGUUUCCCAUGAAGAGGCAGGAAUGGUGAAGGUGGCAGAGGCGAGGGUGAAGGUUUGUGCGACCCAGAGCCGUUAUUUCAAAGGGGGUUGCCGCAGAGACCACAACUGUGCUAUGGUGUGUCGCGACGAGGGCUUCUCCGGUGGCCGCUGCACCAAACCCUUCUCCCGUCCCCGCCGGCAUUGUUUCUGCACCAAGUUCUGCUAGUUAUAAUCUGCCACCGUGCCAGCUCACCAGAUCUCCCUCGUCCAUUUAUGUAUCCCAGAUCCAUCUUCAGGGGUUUAGUUUGCUUUGCUGUUUAGGACCUGUAACACCAGCUUUGGUUAUUUGGUCUCAUUUGCAAGUUGCUUAUGUGUCUUCUUAACAGUUCAGAUGAUGAGAUGAAUAGCUUAUCUUCUCUUUAAUCAUGUCAUAUCCCCAUAUCCUGAAUGCCACUUGCUUUCCGUUCUGAAUCUGAAUCUGGUUUAUCUUUUUCUAAAUGAAAGUGAUACGGCUGGCCAGAUCUGAGAUGACCUGUCAGUCCUCCACUGCUUUGUGCUCA